UAACAUAAAUCUAUUUUAUUAUCAUACACAUCGCCUUCAAUGAGAUGCGUAUAUAUUUGCAUAAGAGUUUGGAGGCAGAUACACGUUUAUGCAAAUUUUUGAAAGAGGGAAAAAGAAGCGCGAGAUAAAGAUGUAGAAAGAGCCAACGAGAAUUACUCGUUUCUACGACCGAACAUAAUUCGUUUUCGCUGUGCUUUUUCUUCAUAUCUAACCUGUUGCAUUUCAAAACGCGAGUUGUGUAACAUUUCGUAAGAGAUCUUUCGACAUGAAAAGGAAGAAAAGGUGUAGAAAGUGUAGAAAGUGCGGCUGCUGUGUGUGUGUGUGUGUGUGUGUGUAUGCAACGCAUUCCCCUCGUCCUCCCACUUUUCUCAUCUACCAGUUAGUUAUGUACGUUUUUAUUUCGAGGUCACCUCUGCAAUCAUAAAGAACUGUGGCUAGAAUCUCAGUUGAUUCGCAUUCCUCGAUCGUUUUAGUUUAAUAUUAAGCAGUAUUAAAAGUGAAACAGUAUAUCGUUAAAAGUGUAUUAAUAUCGUUUAGAAUACAGGUAUCCAUCGUGUGUCUCGAGAUUAAUUAGUAUUAUUUUAAUUUCCGAUCGUAAUAACAAUGAUAGUAUAUUGGCUACCGAAGAAACGUCUCGUGAAAAGUCUCUGGAAUUAAAUUUAAUCAAAGAGGACUAGAAAACGAGAAAACAAUAUAAACACCGGUAACUACUAACAAUCAUGAUGUCAAGUUAUCUACUAUUAGCAGUGAUAGUACCAUUCGUCAUCUUUGAGAUUUGGCAUACAGGAAUAUGCUUAAUUUGGACAAUGAAGGCAUCUGUACUGAUAUAUCUCGUUGUGUUUGGACUUCUGCCUGUAAUUUUUCAUUAUUCCUACAGCAUUCAGAAAAAGAUACUUUUCUUAAAUUUUGUGCAAUGGCCACUUAAAGUGGAGUUUUCUGAUCCAAAAUCGGUUGGAUUGGAAGGUGCUAGAAAUUUUUAUUUACAUACUGAUCAACAAGUUAAAAUAGGUUUAUGGCAGAUAUUACCACGGUCUUUAUUAAAUAAUUCCAUUCCUGCAACAGAUGAAGCUUACGAAGCAGUUUUAAAUAAUUCCACACAACCUGUAUUCCUAUAUAUGCAUGGAAACAGUGGUAAUAGAGCAAGUUCGCAUAGACUUGAGCUUUAUAAGCUUUUUCAAGAUUUGGAUUAUCAUGUCAUAGCUUUUGAUUAUAGAAGUUAUGGCGAUAGUGAUAUAGUGGAACUUUCUGAAGAAGGUGUAGUUACGGAUAGCAAAUAUGUUUUUGAAUGGGUUAUGAAAAAAGUUAAUGGUUCAGUUCCAGUUUUUGUUUGGGGUCACUCUUUAGGAACUGGAGUCUCUGCGCAUGUAUUAGCUCUACUAGCAGCUGAAAAUAUACAACCAGCUGCAUUAUUUCUGGAAGCACCAUUUACCAACAUAGCGGAUGAAUUAAUAGAACAUCCAUUUGCACAGUUAUUCAAGCAUUUACCAUGGUUCCAUUGGGUGGUUGUUGAACCAUUUUACAAGAACAAUCUAAGAUUUGAAUCUGAUAAACAUAUUACUAAAAUUGAGUGUCCCAUUAUGAUAUUACAUGCCGAAGAUGAUGGUGUAAUUCCAAUCUCCUUGGCAGAGAAGCUUUAUAAAACAGCAAUAGAUAGUCAUGGAAAUAAUACAGAUCGUAUUCAAAUGAUAAAAAUAGAUUCAUCCUACGGACUUGGACAUAAGUAUAUCUGUAGAUACAAAAAAUUACCCAGUAUAAUUAAGACAUUUGUUGCUAAAGCAAACCAAAAUCAGACUGAAUAAUUCAUCUAAACUAGAAAAAGCUGAAAUUGAAAAUUGUCUCAAUUGUGUCAUAAUUUUUUAGAAAUUAUUUGAUUUAUACGAACAGAUAUAUGUUUUUACAAAUUUAUUUUAAAAUAAAUUAAAUUCUGAGGAAAACAUAAAUCUAGAGGAACUAGAGUAAACAUACUCAAACUAUCAUUUUUAAAUAUUUUGUUUGUUUAGGAAUCUGUCACUUUUUUUGC